GCAGGCUCCGGCAGCGCUCCCGCCCCUUCCGGCCGCCGCCAUGCCCAUGAAGGGUCGCUUCGCGRUCCGCCGGACCCUGCAGUACCUCAGCCAGGGCGACGUCGUGUUCAAGAGCUCGGUGAAGGUGAUGACCGUCAACUACAACACGGCGGGAGAGCUGAGCGAGGGCGCCAGAAAGUUCGUGUUUUUCAACAUUCCCCAGAUCCAGUACAAGAACCCUUGGGUGCAGAUCAUGCUGUUCAGGAACAUGACUCCCUCGCCCUUCCUCCGGUUUUACCUGGACAACGGAGAACAAGUUUUGGUUGAUGUUGAAGAUAAAACCAACAAGGAGAUAACAGAGCACGUAAAAAAAAUCCUGGGGAAAAGCAAAGAAACGCUUGAAAAAGAAGAUAGAGAAAGGAAAAAAUUAUCACAUCCAGCAACUUUUGGGCCCAAGAAGUAUCAUCUGCGAGAAUGCAUGUGUGAGGUUGAAGGCCAAGUUCCCUGCCCUGCUUUUGUACCAUUGCCCAAAGAGAUGAGGGGAAAAUACAAAGCUGCUAUGAAAAAUGAAGCAUCAGCCUGACAUCUCAAGAUAYCAAAUCAUGCAGCUGUUCUUCCUCAGGGCUGGACAGUGAAGGUGCUUCAGUGAGAGCCAAGCACUAAUCGUUCCUGGGAACACAAACAAGGAAUUCUGUCUGUUAGUACACACAAGCCUACCUUAUAAGCCUUCUUACAGCUACAAUUAGAGUAAUUAAGUGAAAAAUAAAUAAAAGUUUAAACUGGCACAAAAAAAGCUGUAUUUCUACAAAGUAUUGCAGUCGACACAGAAAACAAAAUGACURGUCACUCAUGCCUGUAGGUAAACAAUUAGGCAAAACUAAGACCAUGUUUUCUUUGGGAUAGAGACUAAACUAAAAUGUUAAAUCUUAGAAGCAGCACAGAAUUUCAUAGUUUGCAGAAAGUGGUACAAAAAUAUUGGUGCUGAUUUCUAUCUUGUAUUAACUGAAGACUGCCAAAUGAUAAUGUAACUUCAGUCUCAAAUCAAGUGUUGGAUUUUAAUUUAUGUAGUUACAAACCAGAAACAGUUCGAAGUCUCAUUUCAGGAAGAAACAGCUUUUACAGUUGAUACUCUUAUCUCUGAGAAGCACUGAUCAAGUCAGGUACUUCAGAUGGAAAGGAGAAUGGGCAAGUUAGUAUAUGAAAGGUAAGUUUUAACAAUCAUCAAAAAAAGCCCCUAAAUCAUSAUGGCUUCUGUCUCACCAAGCACAUUAUACCUGUAAUAUGUAUAAACAUGAUUGAUUGUAGUCUACUGACCUUUAUGUCWGGCUUAUCUGUGCAAGUCAUUGUAAAACUGUUGAACACAAAAUUUCACAAUGAUUCAAGCAUUCUGUACAAAUUGUCAAGGACAGACACAACACAAAAUAAACAUGUUGUUUUAUUUCA